AUGAAAUGCUCUCAAGAAAAGAAUAUAAAGAGGUAUGUCAGUGGGCUAUAUGUUUGAACUUGAAUGCAAAUAUUACAUAUGCGGAUUUUGUCCUUCCGCUUAUUCUUCAAGACAGACAAGACUUGGCUGAACAAUAUCUUGAUCAAAAUCCACACAUGCAAGGAAUACUUGUUAAAUUUUUGGAUGGUUUAUUAAAUAAAAAUUCUACAGUACGAACUUGCAUAGAGCCUUUUAUUAGAGAGCAUUCCAUUCCUGAAGUUAAAUAUGACAAGCUUCACCCAAAGCCUUUGAGUAAACUUAUUGCAAGAUUAUGUUCAAAAUAUUCUAUAGGACCAGAUGUUUGUCAGAAUUUGAACUUAAAGAGAAAUGAAGGAGCAUUGAAUUUUAUAGCUCAUAAAAGAUAUGUCGAAGAAUCUCUAAAUGAAGCUUCAUGGAAUGAAAUGAUGCAAGAAGCUGUUGGGCAAAAUGAAGAAAUGCAAAGAGAAUUGAUUAAUUUAAUGGUUAGGCAUGGGGAUGUGGCCGGAGCUCUCAAAUGGGCUCAGCAUUAUGCAGUCCCUUUCGAAUAUUGGCCUUACGCUUUGAAAGAAUUCAGCUCACCAACAUUUUGUGAACCUGAGGAUGAUAACUGGGAUCCUGACCCAAUUGAUAAAAAAAAUUUAAAUAUUUGUAAUACAAUUCCUCAUACUUCUAACAAAUUUCCAAUGCAUACAAAACAAAAUCAUUUUACAAAUUCAAAUGAAGUAAAUAACAUAAAAUUCCAUUGUCUAAAUAUACCUAUGGAUAAUAUUGUUCUUGUGGAUACAGAAUACCUUUUUGAGGACAUGCUACGGCAUGGGUUUGAGAAUGUGACUCGAGUUGGUUUAGAUUCAGAGUGGAAGCCAUAUUUUGGAACUAAGCCAUCAGAUGUUGCUUUGAUUCAACUCUCUACAGGAAAGAAUAUUUAUUUAUUAGAUGUUGUUGAGUUGGGUCAUGCACAUCAUUUGUGGAAGCAAUUAUCAAUACAAUUAUUUGAGAAUCAUGAGAUUUUAAAACUAGGAUAUGGUCUACGGCUGGAUUUAGAAAAAAUUCAAUCAACUCUAAAAUUGCGAAAUUCUAUAUUUUGUGGUGGUGUUGGUUGGUUGGAUUUGCAGGACCUCACAAAAGCUCUUGGGAGAAAUUCCUAUUUUAAAUAUCCAUAUUCAGGUGAGCCAGGUUGUGGUGAUGGACUUUCAGCACUGGUUCAAUUAUGUUUAGGUGCAAAUCUUGAUAAAACAAAUCAAUUUUCAAAUUGGGAACUUCGACCACUCAGGAAGGAACAAAUUUUAUAUGCAGCUUUGGAUGCACACUGUUUGUUGGAAGUUCAUGAUGUCAUUGUAGAUGUUUGCAAUAAUUGCAAUAUAAAUUUAAUUGAAAUGUAUGAUAGAAUAACACAAAAUGUUCGAUCUCCCAAGAAACGUAAUAAGAAGAAAAAUGAUAAAAAGCAGCCAACAACCAUAAUAGAACAAGUUCCUAGUCCUUUUGCUAAUUUGCCAACACGUGGAGUAGAUGCUAUAAAGGUUGUCUGUGAUAGUAUGUUGGAGGGCUUGGCGAGAUGUUUACGGAAGUGUGGUGUUGAUGCUAUAUCAAUUGAUAAUAGUAAAGACCAUGACAUAUGUAUCAAUAUUGCUCAACAACAGCAACGAAUUAUAUUAACAAGAGGCACAGCAUUCAAUAGGUUGCAUCAAUUUGUCCCUCUCGGGUACUGCUAUAGAGUGAAAUCUGAUCCGGUUGAUGAACAAUUAAAAGAAGUAUUACAUUAUUACAACAUUGAAGUUACUGAAAACAAUAUUUUCAGCAGAUGUCAGAUAUGCAACAACAAUGAAUUCUCAAGUUUUUCCCGCAGCGAGAUGCUUAGUUUAGCGAAUAUUAACAAUGCACUUGGUAAUACUUUUUGCGGAACUUCAGAACAACUACCCGUAAAUAACAGAUCCUGGCAAUUAGUUCGAGGCAAUGCUUUAAAUCGAUUUACGAAAAGUGGUGCUUUAAUCCAAGCCAACCUGAUACCAUUAACAGUUCUCAAUAAUGUUUCAGUAUUUUAUGUUUGCGAAGGUUGUGGAAAGUGCUAUUGGGACGGAACCCAUUUCGGCAGAGUAAUUGCAGGUAGACUUAAAAACAUUGUUAAAAAUUAAUACUGAUGGUACAAACAAUUUAAGAUGUAAAUUGACAUUUUAUUUGUUAUUGAUUUGUUUGUUUAUAAUAGUUUAUCGGGAACACCUAUAAGGAAAUAAUUUUUUAAAUCGUGAUACUUGUUUAGAAAUAUGUUAGCUUAAUGAUUUUUAUAAAAUGUUAUUUUUGAUAUAUU